ACUAUUUACAUUCACCAAUAUUAAAAAGAAAGAAGAAAUUUCACAUCAGCAUCAGAAUCUCUCAAUCCCCUUCUUCACAAGCUUCCUUCUUUCUUCACAUUGCCGACACUUCAUUCCUCUCUUUCCAUCGCCGAUGGCUUCUUGCUACGGCGUCUCAAAGCUCCUUCUCAUUCUCUUAACCACCUCCAUUGCCACCGCAUUACCCGUCACCAAAGCCGUGUCGGGUCAAAUAAACUCCAACUCCGUCCUCGUAGCUCUCCUCGACUCUCACUACACAGAGCUAGCCGAGCUAGUAGAGAAAGCCCUCCUCCUCCAAACCCUCGAAGAAGCAGUUGGUCGACACAACAUCACAAUCUUUGCACCGCGCAACGACGCCUUGGAACGUAACCUCGACCCUCUCUUCAAAUCUUUCUUGCUCGAACCAAGAAACCUCAAAUCGUUACAAACACUCUUGAUGUUCCACAUUCUCCCUCGCCGUGUCUCUUCUCCUCAAUGGCCUUCCCUCUCUCAUCACCACCGUACUCUCUCCAACGACCAUGUUCACCUAACCGUCGACGCUCCCACCCUCCGGUUAAAAGUAGACUCCGCAGAUAUUAUCCGUCCCGAUGACGUCAUUAGACCCGACGGCAUCAUCCAUGGGAUCGAACGUCUCCUCAUCCCUCGCUCAGUUCAAGAAGACUUCAACAGCCGCCGUAGCCUCCGGUCAAUCUCCGCUGUUUUACCUGAAGGAGCUCCGGAGGUCGACCCAAGAACCAACCGUCUCAAGAAGCCACCGCCUCCCGUCCCCGCCGGAGCCCCACCCGUUCUCCCGAUCUACUCCGCCAUGUCACCGGGCCCAUCUCUAGCUCCGGCUCCAGCUCCCGGACCCGGAGGUCCACGUCACCACUUCAACGGCGAGGCUCAAGUCAAAGACUUCAUCCACACUCUCUUGCAUUACGGUGGCUACAAUGAGAUGGCUGACAUUCUCGUCAACCUAACCUCCCUAGCCACCGAGAUGGGUCGUCUCGUCUCUGAAGGCUACGUUUUAACCGUCUUGGCUCCUAACGACGAAGCCAUGGCUAAGCUCACGACGGAUCAGUUGAGCGAGCCAGGUGCUCCUGAGCAGAUUGUGUAUUACCAUAUCAUACCGGAGUAUCAGACGGAGGAGAGUAUGUACAACGCCGUUAGGAGAUUCGGGAAAGUGAAGUAUGAUUCGUUGAGAUUCCCACACAAAGUGUUGGCUCAAGAAGCUGAUGGCUCUGUUAAGUUCGGACACGGUGAAGGCUCUGCUUAUUUGUUUGAUCCUGAUAUAUACACCGACGGUCGGAUCUCAGUUCAGGGUAUUGAUGGAGUUUUGUUUCCGGUGGAGGAGACGCCGGCGACGGAGAUAAAACCGGCUGCUCCGGUCUUUAAAAAAGUUGCGAAAUCAAGAAGAGGUAAAUUGAUGGAGGUAGCUUGUAAAAUGAUGGGAUCACGGUUUACCUCGUGCCAAUGAUUUUACACGUUAUGAACAAAACAAAAUAAGCCAGAGCUUUCAAAUUCUUGAAUCUGUAAACAUCUGAAGAACAUAAUUGAAUAUGUAAAUGAUGUGAUUUUUGGUUCGUUGCAGUUUUCAUGUCCUUUUUGUAAUUUUUAUAUUAAAAUAUAUAAAUACAUGAACGGUAGAUUUUGAUAAAGUUUGUUAUAUGGGGUGCGUGAAAAAGUAGUAGGAGUUAGAGACAUCAAUGUAAUACACGCUAUACAAGUAUAUGGAAUAAUAAAGGAAGGAUCCAUUUGUGUGCCUA